AGCUUUGAGUUCAGUUACAAAUAACCAAGCGGACGGGAAAGUUAAAUCCUUUUUUUUCUAUUUUUCAAAGAAAAAGGAUAACAAAAAGAAAAACAUAAAUAAAAAUUAGUUACAACAAUCCCUAGUCAUGGCAGAUGAUGACGAUGCCCAGUUCGAUGCCGUUGACUCGGGAGCGUCGAAGACCUUUCCGAUGCAGUGCUCGGCAUUGCGAAAGAAUGGGUUUGUCAUGCUGAAGGGACGUCCCUGCAAGAUCGUGGAUAUGUCCACCUCAAAGACGGGUAAACACGGCCAUGCCAAGGUCCAUCUAGUGGGUGUAGAUAUUUUUACCCAGAAGAAGUACGAGGACAUCUGCCCCUCGACCCACAACAUGGAUGUGCCGCAUGUGAAGCGCGAGGAUUACCAGCUAACCGAUGUCAGUGACGAUGGAUUCGUCACUCUGAUGGGUGAUGAUGGGGAAAUACGCGAGGAUCUAAGGGUUCCGGACGGCGAACUGGGUGGAUCUCUACGCUCUGAAUUUGAGGGUGGCAAAGACCUCCUUUUGACUGUUUUGACGGCCUGUGGUGAGGAAUGCGUCAUUGCGAUGAAGAACAACACGGGAUUGGACAAGGGAGGAGGAUGAAGGCGGACAAGGGGACUAAGGAAGGUGGGACUGUGCGGAGUGGUAUUUAGAUGAAACACCAAACACGAUAAAUAAAACUCUGGAUGCGA